UCCUAAUCAGUGAAUUAUUAAUUAAAUGAAGUAUCAAAGAGUAGCAUCUAGUUGAGAAUCGCUGUAACGUCUUCUGCUGCACGUCAAUGCCCGAACUGUCAAGAUCGUUCUACCACCAUCUACUAUAACUCGCAAUAAGCUUGUUUAGCGUGGAAGAUAUUACUUUUUCAUAAGAUAAUUCGUGUUUAGCAUCUUGUGACGCAUCACAGGCACUGGUGCCGCGCGAUUAGUCAGCGCCAGUCACUGACUAGCGCGGUACAUACUUUCGGAGUUGACGGACUGACGUCGUAGUCGAGUGCAAAUGACUACAUGUCAAAGACAGUGAGCGGCGUACUUUAAGUGUACUUUCUACCGGUGGAGCUGGAUUUCCUCCGAUUGAAUAAAAAUGUUGGCUCUCAUCAAUCGAAUUUUGGAUUGGUUUAAAUCCCUCUUUUGGAAAGAGGAAAUGGAACUCACUCUUGUUGGCUUGCAGUACAGUGGAAAAACCACCUUCGUAAAUGUUAUAGCGUCAGGACAAUUCAGCGAAGAUAUGAUCCCAACUGUUGGUUUUAAUAUGCGUAAAAUAACAAAAGGCAAUGUAACUAUAAAGGUAUGGGAUAUUGGAGGUCAACCAAGGUUUAGAUCAAUGUGGGAAAGAUAUUGCAGAGGAGUGAAUGCAAUAGUAUAUAUGGUAGAUGCAGCUGAUUCUGAAAAAAUAGAAGCAAGUCGCAAUGAAUUACACAGUCUAUUAGACAAACCUCAGCUAUCUGGUAUACCAGUGCUGGUUCUUGGUAACAAAAGGGACUUACCUCUUGCUUUGGAUGAAAAUGGGCUUAUAGAAAGAAUGAAUUUAUCAGCAAUUCAAGAUCGUGAGAUCUGUUGCUAUAGCAUUUCAUGCAAAGAGAAAGACAAUAUCGAUAUAACAUUGCAGUGGCUUAUAGCACAUUCUAAAAGUGGUGUUCGUUAAUAUGUGUAACUAAUUUUAUGUACUUACUCGUCUUUAUCGAAAAGCCCAAAAUAUUGAUAGAAUGGGGAUCAAAUGUGCAAGGGAGUGUUGAGUAAUGAUUUUAUUCUGAAUUGAGUGAUCAAUUAUUGUAGACACUUUUUUUAAACCUAAGCUUUAGCUGUUAUCUAUUCAGUCAUAUAAAAAUCAUAGAAAGUUUGAUUAAGAAAAAAACAAAGAAAUUAUGCUUAAACCAAAUAUGCUCAUGCAAAUGAUAACAAGACACAUACAUCCUGCAAGCACCUUAGAAAUAAGUAACAAUUUUUUAUAUUGUGUUUUCAGAUAAUCAAUUUAAGUAACAGUGCUGUUAUUCUAACUUAAAUCCUUCAAGAAAAAAUAGCAUUUAAUGGUUAAUGUAGAAAUGAUGAUAGCUAGUACGAAUACAAGCGCAAAAUAAUAUCAAUUAUCAUAUAGUACACAUUUUUGAAACUAUUUAAUUAAGAUUAAUAGAUCACAAUAUAGAGAUUAUGAACAAUUGAUUGCUAUAUGUACACGAAUAUGAUGCUAAGUAAACUUGUAUAAUUAAUGGAGAAUUAUUAACAAUAUUAUAUCAAUUUAUUACGAUCCUUAAAGUAUGACAGUUGUGUUAUGUAUAUACACACACAUACACGUAUACAUACAUAUAUAUACAUACAUAUAAAAAGGAAUAAAACAAUGUAAUCCAUUUUUUAAAUGGAAGCUUGCCUUUGAUAAAAUUUUUAUUAUCAUUGGAAAAUAAAAACAAUAAAAUGUUAUAUGUUUUUAAA